UCGUUUGCUAACUUCUGUGUGGUCAACCAACCGAAACAUGAGGUCCGCUGACUGUCCGUUUUUUCCUUUGUAACGUCAAACGGUAAAAAGGUGUCGUUAAGGGUGUGAUGAUAAGGCCGAUAUUUGCGGCUUAAUUUUAUUCCUUCUGUCUGAAACGGAGACAGCAGCAUUUAAGGAACAGCGAACUCUUCUCUGUAUUCCUCACCUCGUCCGCCAGCGUCCUGCGAGGGCUGCUAGCUACGAUGUGAUUGUGAAUAACCGCCGUCGAGGGAAGUUAUAAUUGACAUUAUCAUAGCUGAAUGGCUCCAGCACCGACCUGUCUGCCUUCAUUUAACGCCUGCAUGCUCCUUUACUGAUAGCCGUUUGAGCUCCGCGUCGGGAGGAACCGCUACAUUUUCUUGGCGGAAAUAACCGAGAGAGACCGCAUCCACAGCGCUGUAGUUCACAUCUGAGGAAAGAUGUCUUUCUUCAAUUUUCGGAAGAUAUUCAAGUUGGGGCCCGACAAGAAGAAGAAGCAGUACGAGCAUGUACACAGAGACGUGAAUCCGGAGGAAAUUUGGGAGAUUAUUGGGGAGCUGGGAGAUGGAGCGUUUGGGAAAGUGUACAAGGCACAAAACAAGCAGAAUGGGACACUCGCUGCUGCUAAGGUUAUUGACACAAAGACAGAGGAUGAACUGGAGGAUUACAUGGUCGAGAUCGACAUUCUGGCAUCUUGUAACCACCAUCACAUUGUCAAACUGCUGGAUGCCUUCUAUUUUGAAGGCAAACUUUGGAUUCUGAUCGAGUUCUGUGCGGGUGGUGCAGUGGAUGCCAUCAUGCUGGAACUGGAGAGACCCCUGACAGAGCCCCAGAUCCGUGUGGUGUGUAAGCAGACCUUGGAAGCCUUGAUUUACCUCCAUGAGAACAAAGUCAUCCACAGAGACUUGAAAGCCGGCAACAUUCUCCUCUCUUUGGAAGGAGACGUAAAACUGGCUGACUUUGGGGUGUCUGCUAAAAAUACCAAGACGUUACAGAGGAGAGAUUCUUUCAUCGGCACUCCAUAUUGGAUGGCCCCAGAGGUAGUAAUGUGCGAAACUUCCAAAGACCGUCCGUACGACUACAAGGCCGACAUCUGGUCCCUCGGGGUAACCCUCAUUGAGCUGGCACAGAUUGAACCACCCAACCACGAGAUGAAUCCCAUGAGAGUGCUGCUGAAAAUAGCGAAGUCCGAGCCACCCACACUCAUGCAUCCCUCUCGCUGGUCACCAGAAUUCAACGACUUUUUGCGGAAAGCACUUGAUAAGAAUGUGGACAAUAGGUGGGGCGCACCACAGCUUCUACAGCAUCCUUUUGUUACCAGUGUUACUGAUAGCAAACCUCUUCGAGAGCUCAUAGCUGAGGCCAAAGCUGAAGUCACAGAAGAGAUUGAGGAUAGCAAAGAGGAGGAGGAGGAAGAAGAGGCUGAUACACCUGUGGCUGCUCCUGGGCAUAAGCGAGCGCCAUCGGAUGCCAGCGUGGCCAGCUCAGAGGAUGACAAAGUCCCACCGACUCCCUCCACCCUCGAAUCUGUUACAGAAAAGACGGAGGCUGAGCCUGCUGAGGACCGGACCAGUGAUAAGCUCUCUGAUGAAGGACUUGGAACAAGUGAAGUAGACAAGACUGAGGAGGAGAAACUCAAUGAAGUGUCUGAUGCCAGUAAUGAAGAUCUGCCGUCUGGACUAAUUGAGCCGGGCAAGGACUUGAGCUCACAAGAUUCUACAGAACCUAAACCAGAAGAUAAUCAAGCUGAAGAGAUUCCUGCUGAGCCUGUGGUAUCACAACCAGAAGAACCCGUAGACACAGCAGAUACUCAUGAACUUGUCACAGAUGGUAAAGAAGCAGAGGAGAAACAGCAGGAGACAGAAGAAAAGAAAAUAAUAGAUGAACCCCCCCAAGUAAUAGAAGAGGAACAAGGGCCAGAGGUGGUCAAACAAGAGGAAGAUAAAGAAGCAAGUACAGAAGAAACCAUAGAAUCACAAAAGCAGCCUGAAGAUACACCAGAGAACACAGAAUCCAUAUCAGGAGAAGUGGCACAAGCAGAAGAACAAGGCAAAGAACCAGAGGAGGAAGUGCCUCAACAAAAAGUAGCAGAGGACAGAAUAGAAGACAUGUCUAAUGGCACAGAUGUGAACACAGACACAGAGAAUAUAGAUGUAGUAGACGCAAACAUAAAUGGAGACAUCAACACAAAGUCAAGUAUGGAUGAGUCCUCUACUGAGGUUCUGGUAGAAGACAAGGCCACAGAAAGUCAGCCAGAGGAGAAGCCCAAAGAUGAGGCCUCUGAGGAGCCACAGCAGCCUGAACAAGAGAAUCAGAUCAAAGAGGAGGAUAAACUGGAAGAACAAGCACCAACUGAAUCCACAAAUGGAGUCAGUCAUGAAGCCAAAGACAGCUCAGAUGAUUCAGACCAGGUGGUCCCAUCUAAAGAUGUCGAUGUAAAGGAAGAUGAGCAGAAAACAACCCAUGCAGAUGAGAGCACUUCACAAGAUGCCGUUUCUGUUCCAGAGAGUGAAACUGAUUCAGAAACCAAAAUGGAGCAAGGAAGCCCUGCUGUGAUUAAGCCAUAUGGGGAGAAGGAUUCUGACUCUGGCAGCAGCUCUGCUGCUGAUAGCAGCAGCCUCGACCUCAAUCUGUCCAUCUCCAGCUUCUUGUCCAAAAGCAAAGAAGGAGGCUCUGUGUCUAUGCAGGAGUCAAAACGUCAGAAGAAGACUCUGAAGAAGACAAGAAAGUUUAUGGUGGAUGGUGUGGAGGUCAGCGUGACGACAUCAAAGAUAGUGACAGAUAACGACACCAAGAAUGAGGAGAUGAGGUUCCUAAGGCGGCAGGAGUUAAGAGAGCUGCGCCUUCUUCAGAAAGAGGAGCAAAGGGCCCAGCAGCAGCUGAGCAACAAGCUGCAGCAGCAACGAGAGCAGAUCUACCGGCGCUUUGAACAGGAAACUACUGCUAAGAAGCGUCAAUAUGACCAAGAAGUUGAAAACCUUGAGAAGAAGCAGAAACAGACCAUUGAGCGACUGGAACAGGAUCACACCAGCCGGCUCAGAGACGAGGCCAAACGUAUCAAAGCGGACCAAGACAAGGAGCUCUCCAAGUUCCAGAACAUGCUGAAGAACCGGAAGAAAGAGGCCAAGCAGGAGGUUGGACAGUCACCCAAACACAUGAGAAAAGAGCUCAUGAAACGCUUAAAGGAGGACCUGUCACUCCUCAAGACUGCAGAGGCAGUGGCCCAGGUUAUGAUACAGUCUUUUCAGUUGUCCUCAUGUGCACUCUUCAACGCUCAGAUGCAGGAUGAGCAGGAGUUCCUACAGAAGCAGCAGCAAGAGCUGGAUGGAGCUCUCAAGAAAAUCAUCCAGCAGCAUAAAGUGGAGAUCGCGACUAUUGAGAGAGAUUGCCUCAACCACAAGCAGCAGCUAAUGAGAGCUCGGGAGGCAGCCAUGUGGGAGUUGGAGGAGCGCCACCUGCAGGAGAAGCACCAGCAGCUGAAGCAGCAGCUGAAAGACCAGUACUUCAUGCAGAGACACCAGCUGCUGAAGAGGCACGAGAAAGAGAUGGAGCAGAUGCAACGCUACAACCAGCGUUUGAUAGAGGAGAUGAAGAACAAACAGACUCAAGAGAGGGUUCGUCUGCCCAAGAUCCAGCGCAGCGAUGCCAAAACUCGCAUGGCCAUGUUCAAAAAGAGUCUCCGCAUCACUGCGACGGCAUCUGUCACCCCGGAGCAGGAGAGAGAAAAGAUUAAACAGUUUGCUGCGCAGGAAGAAAAACGACAGAAAAACGAGAGACUCCAUCAGCACCAGAAACACGAGAACCAGAUGAGAGAUCUGCAGCUGCAGUGCGACUCGAACAUCAGGGAGCUGCAGCAGCUGCAGAAUGAGAAAUGCCACCUUCUGAUUGAACACGAAACCCAAAAGCUGAAGGAGCUCGAUGAGGAGCACAGCCAAGAGAUAAAGGAAUGGAGAGAGAAGCUCAGACCCAGGAAGAAGGCGUUGGAGGAGGAGUUCACACGGAAGCUGCAGGAGCAGGAGGUCUUCUUCAAGAUGAGCGGGGAAUCCGAAUGCCUUAACCCCACCACCCAGAGCCGAGUAUCCAAGUUCUACCCCAUCCCAAACCUGCACAACUCUGGUUUAUAGCCUCGCGAGUGUCUGUGGUGCAAAACAGACUCCCGGCAAACUCGGCUGCGCUCACGGACUUUUUCCCGGUGGACCGACAUCAUUUCUCUGACCGUUAGCGAUUAAAAAUGUCCUCACUGCUUUGAUUCCACCAUUAGUGAGCAUGACGUGCCUACACACCGUUCCCUCACUUAAGUUUUCUCAGCUCGCUGGGAAAUCUCGAACUGAUAAUAUGCACUUUUUUGAGCAUGUUCAGAUUUUAAAAGUCUGCGGUUGGUAGCUAAGGUCAGUCAUGCUUAUCAAGUUAUUGUAAGCACAGCCUGCUACAGUAUGAAUGAUCUCCAGUGCCUCAUAUGUUACGUUUUCUCUGCAUUUAGGCCCUUCCUGGCGUUUUCUACAGCUUGCAGUAAAUGCAUUUCCCCCUGAAUGUUUUUGCACUUAACUGCUUCUCAUUUCCGCUCAUGAUCGCAACAUGUCGAGAGAUUUAUUUUAAUCAUUUCACACAAGCUGAAAGUCAGUUUUGGCUGCAUGUAAAAUAGAUCUCGAUGAAGGGAGACGUACCGAGGAGUCAAAAGAAAACAGUCUGUAGUUGUAAGACGUUGUCAUGGCCGUGUCGUCUUCUGUGUCUGAUGUCGUCAUGGGAGUCAAAAACAGCGUCAUAAGGCUGUGAGCUCAAACGAAAAAGAAUGUACUGUGUUGCAAAUGUGUACCUACAUAUGAAGUUUAAUCAAAUGCUGUGCUUACCGCGAGCAUUUUUACCGUCUUGAUAGACGAAUGAACAAAAAUCUAUUUAUUUAGCACAUAAUAUCAUUUCAGUGCUGUAAAACACACAUCUCCCAGUUCAGUUAGACACCGUUAACCUGCUGCUUCCUGAAGAAUUUUGUUUUAUAUAUAAAGUAAAUCACUUUACUUUCUGGGAGUUCAUUUGAGUGAUAUUCUCACAAAUGAUUUGCUGUAAACUAUGAAACUUAAGGAAUGUAAAGCUGUUGAUUUGCACUGUUUUGCCACUUGAGCUAAAGAAAAAAUAUGCAGUAGUAUACUUUUCCCUUUUUAUCUUACCCAAGCCUUUUCAACCUGCAAACUGAGUUGUUUAAGCAUUUUUUCUUGCUUUUUAAAAAAAAACUUAUAAUUUUGCAUUUUUUUUCAAAUACGCCCGUAGUAUUUUACAACCACUUCUGUUGUCUAAGCCUGUAUUCCUGAUAUAUUGCUGCUGUUAUCGCUCUUUACGGCGAGCUUUUGCUCUUGUCGAGACCAGUGCUGUAACUGUAUGAGUCUCAGUGUGCGAGGAGACGCCCUCCGCUGUAUUUUACGAGCAAAGUAUUGACGGUUCACAACACGAGAUUAAUUUGUUUCGCCACUGCAUAUCAUCGAUGCAUGUUCUAAUUUCUGUAUGCUGACAUCGACCCGUGUUUUGUCAAAUGCUGGAUUUUUAUCGGCGUUGUCGGAGGCUGUCAUGUGAAUUACACCAUUCGACCCAUAGAUUUCAAAUAUUUUUUUAUUUUAAGUUACAGCAUUUUGACGUGUCAUUCUACCACAAUGUAUAUUCUUAGUAUAUGCAUUUUUGAUGUCAGAUCAAAUGUAUUUAAUGUGUCUUUAUAAAUGGACUUUUUUUUCCUUGUAAAUAAAAAUAUUGACUGUU